AUGAUUUAUAUACGGGAUCGUAGAGGCGGUUCGGUCAAAUGUCGUGCUCUGUUAGAUACGUGCGCUACUGCCAAUUUCAUCUCGGAAUCCAUCGUUAAACGUCUAGAUGUACACGUGACUGCGCACUCUUUACCGAUCGGCGGAAUUAACAGCAUAAGUACCGAAUCGAGGGGCAUGGUGCGAAUAACUAUUCAGUCCGCGAUCGAUGGUUUCAGUAAGGAAUUGACGUGUCUGACGAUACCAGCUAUUGCUGACUUGAUUCCUUCUGAGGUUUUUCCGCGCAAUUCGAUUAAAUUGCCCCCGAAUAUAAGAUUAGCAGAUCCAGAAUUUCAUUUGCCGCGGUCGGUCGAUUUACUAAUCGGUUCCGGAGCGACAUUAUCUUUGUUCGCCGUCGGCCAGAUUAACUUAUCUCGCGAAGGCUAUGACUUAUAUUUACAAAAGACGCGUCUGGGAUGGGUUGUUGCCGGAAAUACGUCAUCACAGAACCCAUCGAAAAACGGGACGUGUCAUUUAGCGAAUCUAGAAGAUUUAUUACUUAGAUUCUGGACAGUCGAGGAGGUCGCGAUGAACAAACCGGAAUCUGAAGAGAAUACAGAAUGUGAAACGCAUUUUAUAAAAACCGUGACUCGUGACGUCACCGGACGAUAUACGGUUCGGCUACCGUUCCGCAAUACAGAGAAACGGCUCGGCGAAUCGCGAGCAUUGGCCUUUAAACGCUUAGCGUCGUUGGAGCGCAGGCUCAACGCGAACUCUACAUUAAAGAAUGAAUACACGCGAUCGGUAGAAGAGUAUUUGAGUUUAGGGCACAUGUCGCGAAUAGAUGACCCGGGUGAUGACGGCUACUAUAUGCCUCAUCACGCGGUGAUCAAAGAAUCGAGUAAUACGACCAAGGUCCGGAUAGUAUUCGACGCAUCUGCGAGAUCGAACACCGGCGUGUCUCUUAAUGAAAUGUUGCUAGUCGGUCCGACAAUCCAGAAUACGUUGACUUCGCAUCUAAUCCGUUUUCGUGCUUACAACUACGUCGUAACAGCCGACAUUGAGAAAAUGUAUCGCCAGAUAUGGCUACACGAGGAAGAUCGACCGUAUCAGCGCAUUCUCUGGCGAAGAGAUAGGGACGUAGAAACGUUUCAACUAAACACACUAACGUUCGGUGUGUCUUCCUCGCCGUUUCUCACGAUUCGUACCGUGCAUAAGCUCGCGGAGGACGAGUCCCUCACAUAUCCCAGAGCGGCUAGGAUUCUCAAAACGCACCUGUACGUCGACGAUUUAUUGACCGGAGCCGAUACUAUCGACGAAGCUCGCGCGAUCAGAAAUGAAAUAAUUGCAUUGCUCUCCCGCGGCGGUUUCGCCAUCCGGCAAUGGGCAUCUAACGACGUCCGGAUAAUUAACGAUUUACCGUCCAACACACUACACGCGAACUUUGCAUUAAACGUGGAUCGCACAUUGAAGACGUUAGGCGUCACCUGGAGUACACGUGACGACAAAAUAUACUACUCGACUCAUCCGUUUAACGUUAACGCGAGGGUGACGAAACGGAAUAUUCUGUCAGACAUUGCGAAAAUUUACGACCCGGUAGGUUUCUUCGGACCGCCUAUAUUAUACGCAAAGAAACUAAUGCAAGACGUAUGGCGGUGCGGGUUACAUUGGGACGAAUCCGUUCCUCAAAACAUAUUUACGGAAUGGUCGGAAUUCGCGAAACAAUGGGAAUUGUUAGAUCAGAUUUCCUUUGACCGUAAAAUAUUAGUUGAGGAUCCCCAAGAUGUCCAAUUACACGGUUUCUGCGACGCUAGCAAUAACGGCUACGGCGCAUGUUUAUACGUGCGUUCUCGCGGAAGAAAGGGCAACACCGCUGUCAGGUUAUUGUGCGCUAAAUCCCGAGUCGCGCCGCUAAAAACGGUCACGAUCCCGCGCCUCGAGCUCUGCGGCGCGCUACUGUUAGCUCAGCUUUAUCGCGAGGCAAGUAACGCCCUAGAUAUUAUUCCUAAUAAGAUCAUUCUAUGGUGCGACUCGACCAUCGUGCUGCAUUGGUUGAAAACGGCUCCGCAUCUAUUACAAACAUACGUGGCAAACCGUGUCGUAUCAGUCCGCGAGCUCACCGGCUCAUGCGAUUGGCGACACGUUAGAUCGGAACACAACCCUGCCGAUGCGCUAUCCAGGGGACAAAUGCCUCGCGACUUCUUAAAAAAUCAGACGUGGUCUUCAGGCCCGCCGUGGCUAAUUGAAAACGAAAUUGAUUGGCCUAACGAGAUUAUGCGAACCAUUAAAGUUCCUGAAUUAAAGAAAAAUACUUGUUUAGUCGCCGCACAUUAUGAUAGCACCAUUUUUGAAAGAUUUUCCUCGUACUCUAAACUGCUCAGAGUUAUUGCACGUUGUCUUCGCGUCCGACCCGACAAUAGCUUCGCGGGACCGUUAUGCGCCGAAGAAAUUAAUAACGCGGAGAAACGAAUAUUAAAGGUUCUCCAAGCUUCCCAUUUCUCAGAUGAAAUCAAGAAACUAAAAAAUAAGGCUCCAAUAAACAAAAGUAAAAUUGCCAAUUUAAACCCAUUUAUAGACGACGACGGUUUGAUGCGGGUCGGAGGACGUCUACAGAUGUCGAGCCUGUCUUUCACACAAAAACAUCCCGUUCUCAUUCCCAAUCGUCAUUAUUUGUCCGACUGCAUCAUCCGGGAAAUUCACGAGAAACAUCAUCACGCGGGCAUCCAGCACACGUUAUAUUUUCUUCGGCAAAAUUUCUGGUUGUCAGAUAGCCGUAAUCAAGUUCGAAAAAUUAUACGCAAAUGCGUCCGUUGUUUCCGUUUUGAUGCGAGUGCGGUCGAAUACAAGAUGGGGAAUCUUCCGCCGGCGCGAGUCCGCGAGGCUAUGCCUUUUUCUCACACCGGUAUCGAUUACUGUGGGCCAUUCUAUAUCAAAGAAAGGAAAUUUCGGAAUCGCACGCGGGUCAAGGUUUAUGUAUGUAUAUUCAUAUGCAUGGCGGUAAAGGCGGUACAUUUGGAAGUCGUGAGUGAUUUGUCCUCCGAAGGUUUUCUCGCGGCAUUGCGUCGUUUCAUUGCGAGGCGGGGAAUGCCGGAACACGUGUAUUCAGACAAUGGAACGAAUUUCGUAGGGGCUAAUAACCAACUGAAAGAGAUAUACGCAUUAUUCAAUUCCGAAGAGCACAAAGACGUAAUAAACAGAUUCGCGAGCGAACAUCGGGUCGUUUGGCAUUUCAUACCACCGUUAGCGCCACACUUUGGCGGAGCGUGGGAGUCGAUGGUAAAACUUUUUAAACACCACCUCAAACGUGUUGUGGGCGACUCAUUAUUCACAUUCGAGGAAUUUAAUACAUUUACCACCGAAGUCGAGGGCAUCCUAAACUCAAGGCCAAUAACUUCUAUUUCAUCUGACCCGAAUGACAUACUAGCGUUGUCCCCGGCUCACUGUUUAAUCGGCAAGCCUAUAACGGCCCUCCCCGAGGGCGAACUAACGUCUGUUCCAGUGAACCGUCUGUCCACCUGGCAACACCUUGCCAAGGUGAGACAAGACUUCUGGAAGCGGUGGAGUCUCGAAUAUCUAAACGAGCUCCAAACACGCAAUAAAUGGAAUAAGGACGGACCAAAACUCGACGUAGGGACUGUGGUACUCGUGAAAGAAAAAAACCUACCGAGUAACCAAUGGGCCCUCGGCAGAAUCGUGAGAUUACAUCCGGGCGAAGACAAAAUCGUUCGAGCUGCCACCAUUAAAACCGCAGCCGGAGAACUCAACAGGGCUGCGAAAUCGCUAUGUCCACUUCCAUUAGAACAAUAG